AGCAUCAAACAUGUCGGAAAUAAUGAUUCCUACGACUGAUACUUUAGUGAAAUAUGACAAUCCAGUGUUAAUUACCAAUCGCCCGACAAAGGUAAAAGAAGUAACUAGUAAAGUCAGUAGUUCGGCGUGUAAAGUACAAAGUAUUCCGGCUUUCGAUAGUCGAAAGGAAUCGAUCGAAUUACUGAAUGGAAUCCUACCUCCGAAGGAAUGGGAGAAAAACGGACAGAUCUGGAGACAGCAGAUAUCAAGCACACCGGCCACCCGAUUGGACGUCAUUAACUUACAGGAGCAACUGGAUAUGAAGCUGCAGCAGCGACAAGCCAGAGAAACUGGCAUUUGUCCUGUACGACGUGAGCUUUAUACUCAAUGCUUUGAUGAAAUUAUACGUCACGUUUCGAUCAAUUGCGCCGAACGUGGCUUACUAUUACUUCGAGUACGAGAUGAAAUUCAAAUGACACUGGCGGCUUAUCAAACGCUCUAUCAAAGUAGCACGGCUUUUGGUAUGCGCAAGGCCUUACAAGCUGAGCAAGGAAAAGAGGAUUUGAUAGCCUCCGCCGAAGAUCUUCGUAAGCAGAAAAAUGAAUUGGAAAGGAUGUUGAUUGAAUUGAAGCAAAAGUUCGAGCAAACUAUACAGAGGAAUACCGAGCUACAAGAGGCCGAGCAAAAAAAAUAUAUGGAGGAGAUUCAAUUUUUAAAAAAGACAAAUCAACAAUUGAAGAUUCAAUUGGAAGGUAUCAUCGCGCCCAAAAAAUAA